GCCCAUCCGCCUUCUCCGCGACCACAUCUUCAUCUCGUACAUCCCAUCUCACUUUCAUAUCCUAACGAUGGCCCGUACCAAGCAGACCGCUCGCAAGUCCACCGGUGGUAAGGCACCGCGUAAGCAGCUUGCUGCAAAGUCCGCCGCUCGUAAGACUGCUGCUGCGGCAACUGGUGGCGUCAAGAAGCCCCAUCGUUUCCGGCCUGGUACCGUCGCUCUUCGUGAAAUUCGCCGUUACCAGAAGUCGACGGAGCUCCUCAUCCGCAAGCUUCCCUUCCAACGUCUUGUGCGCGAGAUCGCGCAGGACUUCAAGACGGACCUCCGUUUCCAGUCGUCAGCGGUGAUGGCGCUCCAGGAAGCUUCAGAAGCAUAUCUGGUCUCGCUCUUUGAGGACACCAACCUUGCCGCCAUCCACGCUAAGCGUGUCACCAUCCAACCAAAAGAUCUCGCGUUGGCUCGCCGUCUCCGGGGCGAGAGGACGUGAUCUAUUUAUUGGCUUAGAUAUUCUUGUCUCGUCGCAUUUGUAUGAUAUUGUAGCAGUAUAUCGUUCUUAGCUCAUGGUCAUCGUUUCGCGCAGUGGGUCAGUGGUGUAUCUGAAAAGCGAGUUGUUCCGUUGUGUGCGGCAGAGCCGGGCGUGCCGUGGAGGCAAGCG